CCCUUCCACUAACGCUCUGUCAUUUCUCAGAGCACAACAACUGGUGAACAGCUGAAAUCCGAGCUGAGAAAGAAUACAAAGUGAAAAGUAAAGUCUACCUCGGGACAGAAACAGCUUGUCUUUGGUGCCAAAAGUGCCAAAAUAACCGGGUGCUAUAACUAUUACGCAUAAAAAAAAAACAUGAGUGCCAUAGCCGCUAUGGAAGUGAAUGCCGAAGCCAGACGGAUCCUGGCCGUGUCGAUAAGUAAGCUGUACGCUUCCAGGACCCAGAGAGGCGGACUGAGACUCCACCGGAGCCUCCUGCUCUCCCUGGUCAUGAGGUCUGCCCGGGACAUCUACCACUCCUCUCGGGAGAGCGAGUGUCAAUCAUCGGAGGAGCGGAUGGACACCAGCUCCGACCCGGAGGAGGGACAACAACAACCCGGCAUGCCCGAGCCCCAGACCACACUAAUCUCAUCUGAGCCGGCCCAAGAGGAGCCGGACAGCGCGGAUGAAGAGUGUGAAAUUACAGAGGACAAAGAGAACCUGAGCCCGACGAGACAGUCCAGGAAGCGCCGGGGCAAGGCGUCGGCUGCGCCUGACUUCCUCCCGAUCAAGAGGGCGAGGCUGGAGCCCGGGGAGGAGAGGUAUGCGGCCCCACCGGGCUGCUGUCGCUCCGGGGCCGGGGACUCCCUGAUCGCUUUGUCUCUAAAUCGGGUUAUACCUGCCUUCUGAACAGAUGGAGGGGGGAAAUAGCCUCCAAUCGAACUUCACAUCGGAGUGAUUCUCGACUCCUCGAUAACCUAUGAGGGCGAUGUGAUCCCUUUACGCACCGAGGUGCUGACCUAUUUCGGCCAGUCCCGGGACAAAGGGAUUACUGGAGCCAUGGUGCGACCUCUCCGGUCGGCCUGCAUGGGAUGUUAAAGCCCUGAUAAAGAAGGAGAAGAAGUAACCGGGCCAAAGAGAGCUAAAGGUGGCCGGAAACUUUGAGGAAGAACCGGAGGGGGAACUAACUGGGUUGCUUUUUUGUUACCCUGUGAUUCACCUUCAGCUAAAAUGAGUCCAAACAAGUGACUGCUGCUGACUCAAAGUGUGUGUAUGUGUGAAUCAGCAGAGAAUGGUGUGAGUCAAAAGAAGACCUCAGACACGAACACAGGCAUUAAACACAUACACACCGAAACUGAGGCUUCAGGGAAUUUCCUGCCUUUGUAUUCCGGGAUAUCAGACUCAAACACUGAAAGAGGAAGGACAAUUGUGGCAGCCACACAAGUGCACACACAUUUACAAACAUUCAUCUGCUGCUGUGGACUUUGAGUGAUCAAUACUACUGCUUGUGGACUGUCCUAAAUACUGAGUUCAUGGUGCCAUGAAAAACAGGCUAUCCAUAUGGCACAGUAUGCUAUUUUUAUGUCACUUUUAUGUUGUUUUAUGUUUUACCUGUGAAAAAUAAGAUUACCUCAUAUUCCAAGCUGCUUUUUCACUUGUAUAUUGGAAUUAAAGGUGUACAUAUUUGUAAUAAACACUUUAGAAAGUG